AUGCUAACAAAAAAAGUAGAGAGAAUUAGGGACCGCCGUGAUGACCGUGCAGACGAUGGUGAGCGUCGUCGGCGCAUACGCAGGCCGUCGGCGACGCAUCGCGAGGAGAGCGAUGAUAAGGAUGCUAGACCUCGAUCGUCGCGGCGCGAACUCAGCGACGACAAAGAUGCUCGACCUCGAUCUUUGCGACGCAAUCUGAGUGACGAUAAAGACGCUAAACGCCGAGGUUCGCGCGGCAGCUCGCAUCGACACAAGUCGGACGGCACUCGAGGAGCGACCGACGACGACAGGGCGCCGACUAAGCGCCGCGACAGCGGCUACUCGGCGCAGAACAACAGCCCCUCGGGAAGCCGGCAUGGAACCUCUGUGGAGCGGGAGAGGAAGCACAAGACGCCUGUGGCUGUUGAAGAGCCGCCGCCACGAAAGUCCACUGCAUCCCCGGAGAAGAAGAGAACGCCAAUCCUGUCAGCAGAAGAGCAAGCUGACCAUGACAGACGCAAGGAGGCGCAUCGUCGUCGCCAGCAGGAGCGCGAGCAGGAGCGCAAGGAGCGCGAAGAGCGCGACAAGAAGCGCAAGGAACGUGAAGAAGAAGCCGCGCGGCUCGAGGCCGAGGCACGUCGAGCAGAGCGUCAUAGGCUGCGCCGCGAAGCUGCAAAAAAGGAGGCGGCCGAGCUUGCAAAGAAGGAAGCGGCCGAGGCUGCGAGAAAAGAGGCAGCAGCGGCUGCAAAGAAGAAGGAGGCGGCCGAAAGAAGCGCAACAAGUGGCGAGCAUGGCCACAGAUCUCGACGACUCAGCCAUUCCACAAAGGAUAGACCAGCAGAUCUGGCCAGACACCGCCCGAGCUCCUCUCAGAAAUCCAGACCUACGCCGCCUACUUCCGGCACCGACGAGGCCGGGCGCACACCAAAAGAUUCGGACGAAUCCAACACGGGAGAGGACGAGGCUCGCCGCCGCCGCCGUCGCCGCCGCGACGCCGAGGGCUCCAUCAAGAGCGAAUCCUCGUCCCGACGAGAGCACUCCCGGCGUGAGCACCCCAAGGACGAACCCCGGGAGGAGCGGUACUCCAAGGGAGAGUUUUCGCGGCGCGAGUCUGAUAUUCCGACGGAUGAGGACGCGAGGCGCAGAAACCGAAUUCGCGAGCGCCACCAAAAGGAGGACGUAGACGCCAAGAAGGCUGGUGGCUUCAAGGGCGUCAUUAAGAAGCUGUUCAACAAAAACGAUAAAUAG